AUGUGGCGGGGAGACGGGAAGGUCCUGCUCAGCCACAGGGUUUGGUGUGGGGGACCUGCCUACAGAUUUCAAUCCAUCUUAGGCCUGGAUAUCCCGCCAACCCACCUUCAGGUGAGGUGCCCAGCUGACCGCCUGUGCCUGACCCAGGCCCAGGCCCCCAAGGGCUGGAUCAGUGGUCCGCCCACGACUUCCCAUGGCAAGCUCUUCCAGCUCUGGGCCCUAGGACUCUUUUGCACCGAGCGCCACCUGGCCAAGCGCCUCAAGAACAACAGCUUCUAUCCGUUCACACAGCAGCAGCCCAACGUCUUCGUGCUCGAGUACUACCUGGACACACUGUGGAAGGGGAUGCUGCUUUUCGUCGUCUGCCUCUUCCUUAUCAGCUUCGGUGUCGUGAGCCAGGUGCAGAAGCAGGAGACGUGGGGCCUCCCAGCGUACGGCGUGGGCGUGGGCCUGUGGAUCAUGAUCUCGUCGCUGCCGCGGCGCCGCCUGGUGCUGAACCACACACGUGGCAUGUACCACUUCUCCAUCCAGGGCCACACCGUGUAUCAGGGCCCCAUGCACCUGGUCUACGUGCGCCUGGCGCGCAGCUCAGACGCCUACGGAAGGUGCUUCUUCCAGCUGGUUCUGUGCGGCUACAAGUUGGAGCCUCUGGUGCUGGUGCACCUGUCAGAGCGCUACGAGCAAAUGGAAUUUCUGGGCCGGCACAUCGCCCGGAAGCUCAACAUUAACUACUUCGACUGCCUGGACACGUCCUACCGGCACGUGGUCCGCCACUGGCCGCUGGGGGCCGCCUUGAGCCCAGGCGUCUUGCUGCGCAAGACAAAAGCCUACGACAAGCCAAGCUCUCAGUCUGACCUAGACGUGUGACGCGGCCGGC